CACACACACACACACACACACACACACACACACGCUCUCUGUAUUUGUCUUUUGGCCAAGUUCACUUCAAUGCUGUACGGCCGGCAGAGAUGCUUGUGGUUUAAAAAGAUUUCCCAGCUUUUGAAUUGACUUCUUCUGUAGAGAAAGAGAAUCAGAUCAAAACCCUAAUUGGAAGGUGUAGUGGAGAGAGGGAUUAAACAGAGAUGAAUGCAGUGGGAAGACAAAUGCAGAGAUCUAGCUCCACCAGCCACCACCAGCGUCAGUACUCUGAUAACUUCAUUGACACAAACUUCAACAACAAAUGGCUUCAAUCAGCUGGCCUCCAUCGCCUCCAAUCCUCUAACCCUACAGUCCCUCCUCUUCAGGACUUUGGGUUUUAUGCAAAUAAUGGAGGAGGACAGGGUUCAAGAUUCAGAAGGAAUGCGCAGAGGAGUGACAAUGGAGGAGGAAAUGAGGAUCCUCCAACUCCAUCCGCAUGUUCGCGGUCUUCUAGCAUGAGGAAGAAUGGGAGUGGGGAGCAAGUGUCCCCGGGUGAGCUCAGUCCCGGGUUACUUGAUCUGCAUUCCUUUGAUACAGAGCUUUUCCCAGAGAUUCCUACCCAAUACAAUGGAUUUUCACUUGGCCGUGUUCGUGGUAAGAGUUUCGAUGAUUCUGAGCCAUAUGUCUCAAGCAACAAAGUCAUAAGUGGUGCCGGUGGUUUGCUUGAUAAUAAUCUUCUGAAAAGCUUUUCUGCUGAUAAAGAGAAGAACAAUACUGCUGCUAAGAUCAAAGUUGUGGUGCGCAAGAGGCCACUUAAUAGAAAGGAAAUAGCUAAAAAAGAAGACGACAUCGUUUCCAUUGCUCCUGAUACUAAUUCGCUCACUGUUCAUGAAACAAAACUCAAGGUUGACCUAACUGAAUAUGUUGAGAAACAUGAAUUUUGUUUUGAUGCUGUAAUGAAUGAGGAUGUCUCAAAUGAUGAAGUGUACUCAGAAACUGUGGAGCCCAUAGUUCCGAUAAUUUUUCAAAGAACAAGAGCAACCUGUUUUGCAUAUGGGCAAACAGGGAGUGGAAAGACUUAUACCAUGCAACCACUGCCCCUAAAAGCAUCCCGGGAUAUUUUUAGAUUAAUGCACCACAGCUAUUGCAACCAAGGUUUUCAAUUGUUUGUCAGUUUCUUUGAGAUAUAUGGAGGGAAAGUUUUUGAUCUCCUUAAUGAUCGGAAAAAGCUUUUUAUGAGGGAGGAUGGGAAACAGCAGGUCUGCAUCGUAGGCUUGCAAGAAUAUAGGGUCUCCACUGUGGAGACAGUCAAGGAGUUGAUUGAGAGAGGAAAUGCCACAAGGAGUACUGGCACAACUGGGGCAAAUGAGGAAUCCUCCAGAUCACAUGCUAUACUUCAGCUUGCCAUCAAGAGAUUGGUUGAUGGCAAUGACUCAAAGCCUGCUCGAAUCAUUGGCAAGCUUUCUUUUAUAGAUCUCGCUGGAAGUGAACGUGGUGCUGAUACAACUGAUAAUGAUAAACAGACAAGAAUGGAAGGUGCUGAAAUUAAUAAAAGCUUACUUGCUUUGAAGGAAUGCAUUAGAGCUCUGGACAAUGACCAGGGUCAUAUUCCAUUCAGAGGGAGUAAGCUAACUGAAGUUCUUAGAGAUUCAUUUGUUGGUGACUCACGCACAGUUAUGAUAUCAUGCAUUUCACCGAACUCAGGAUCGUGUGAACAUACUCUCAACACACUAAGAUAUGCUGAUAGAGUGAAGAGUCUAUCUAAGGGGAACAGCUCUAAGAAAGAUCCAUUUACUUCAUCAUUAAACCUUAGAAGCUCAAGUGCAGUGGCAUUAUCUUCAGCUUUACCAACUCUACUGGGUUUUGAGGAUAAAAUGGUGGAUGCUCCCCAUGAAAUUAACAGAUUUGGAUGGUCUAAACAAAUCGAACGGGAGUCCUCUCCAUCUUCUAACAUUGAGUGUGUUCCUAGUGGAAGAGCACAAAGCAAUUUGGCCUCAACUGCCUAUACAGAUAACAAGGGUCAGAUAAAUGGUCAAGUUGGCAUCACUGUUGAUGAUUUUGAAGGCUCUAAGGAGAUCCUUGAACUAGACAAAUCAUCUUGGAAGAUGAAUAAGAAGGUAGAGAACUACCAAGCAACUGCCUCAGAAAAUAGGUUGAGGAAAACUGGGAUUCAAACAAAACUUAGGAAUAUGCCAGACUUUGAGGCCGACAACCCAGAUUCUGAUGAUGAUCUGAAUGCCCUGUGGAAGGAAGAGGAAGAUCUUGUAAAUGCUCAUCGAAGCCAUGUGGAGGAGACGAUGGAUAUUGUUAGGGAGGAGAUGACGCUGUUGGUUGAAGUUGAUCAACCAGGCAACCAGCUGGAUGAUUACGUUUCUAGAUUAAAUGCCAUUCUAUCACAGAAAGCUGCAGGCAUUGUGCAACUGCAAACACGCUUGGCUGACUUUCAGAGGCGUCUGAAGGAAUGUAAUAUUUUUGUAUCUUCCUCUGCCCAUUCUUAACUCACAGGAGUUCUGGAGUAGCUAAUGAUUGUGGCAAUUGGAAUAUAUCCGGCAGUUAUGUGAUGGAUUUCUUCUAUCUUGUGUGAGUAUUUGGAUAGUAGGAUCUUUAGCAGUUACAGGGUGUGAGGUCUUUGGGAUGUGGAUUUUUGAAGUUUCUUUCCUUCCUUCUGCGGCAUUGAAGUAAUUCCAUUUGCAAUGACAUGCUUUUUGUAGCUGGUGAGUCACACAAAAUAUGCUAUUCAUUGGCAUUCCUCGUGUAAAGCUCUGAGGCAAUAUGCUGUAUAAGUACAAAAAUACCCUUGUCGAUACUCAUUAUGGUAUGUGCUUCGAUUGAAUCAUGUUUGGAGUUGCUUGUUUAAAGUCUUAGCGAGCCCGAAUCUUGAAAAGUUGCAUUGCUUUCUAUAAGAUACUGCACAACAUGAAGACAAUGAUGACCACGAGGUAACAAUACAUGUCUAUAGUUUUUGAUCAUAAUUGCAGCAAGGUUGAAGCAGCUCAAUCCCAAGUACAAAACUGAAGACAACAUUAACCAAGCAGAAAUAUUGGCAGCUGCACAAAGGAAAAGUCACAACAAUUACUGCAAGAGAAGCAGUAUGCUGAUCUUGUUCUGCAUAAAAGACUAAAUAUGAAAGUCAAUGGGUAAAUAGAGAAUGGAUUUGUCUUUGAUGUGUAUUGGAGGAAAUG